AUGCUUCUCAUCAAGACUGUCGCCCUUCUCUGCUCAGCCACGGCUGUGAUGGCUGCCAAUGCCGUUGUAUCUGGAGCGAUCUUUGUUGGAAAAGACACCUCGGAUCCUUCUGCGAGCCCCGUUGACGUCUACUGGGAUCCUAGCAACCACGCCGCCGCUGCCGCCUCGGUCGUGGUCUUCGCGGCCAACUCUGUUGACUUUCAUCCUUCGUCGCAGGAGCCCAAGGCACUCGGUCAGAACCUUGAUGGGUUUACGAGGAAGGUCGCUACCUUUCCCGGCUUCUCGUUGACAAACAACCAGCAGUACUCCCUCCAACUCGACGGAUCUCUCACUCAGUUUGAAAAGACCAUCGAUGAGCAACUUGAUGACCCUAACACCGCUCGCGCUCUCCGCGAUCUCAUCCCUGAAAACUUCGAGGACCAGUCGUUGACGGAUUGGGUUCUCAGUCUCAUCGUCGUCACCAAACCCGAUGGUUCCGACACCGUCACUAUCCAAUCGGUUCAAGUGUCAUUGAUUAUCCUCUCGGACGGUAACACGGCUACCAUCCCCCGACAGUCUGCGCGACUCUCCAUUUCUAACUUCCAGGUCAUUACAUCCGUGUUCGUCUCGAACGCAGACAGGUUUGCAGACAGAGUUGGGGUUACCACUGUCUCUGAUUUCAUCAAAUUCUUCACCUCCCCCAAGGAUUUCCUCCGCAGUGACCAGGCUCAGCGCGGUUUCACCUCUUGCCUUAGGAGCCGAAUGACUUUCAAGGACCGACAAGCCAUUCUGUCCUGGCUCCACUAA